AUGUCGAAAACUGCACGCCUAGCACUGCUUCUCUGUCAUGCAGCGGCCAUCACCGGGCCGUACUACCUCGCUUACGACUGUCCAGACAACUGCUGCGACCGGGUGCCGGAAUGCGCCAAUCUACCGGGUCAGACUGAUCAUACACUUACCUACGAGGACGCCCUGACCUGCAUCCAAGCGGUCGAGCCUGCUUGUGGCAUUGACGUGCACAUGUCCUUUGUUGCCGCUGGCCUAGACAUCUUCUACUACCAAACGCUUGCCACGGCUUCAAAAACCGGGAGUGCUUUGAUUGCCAUUGACUUUAGCGAUAUUUUCAAGGCGUUGCCGACGUUGCAGAUGGACCAGAUCGGCGACAUCUACUUGGACUGGGCAGCUGAUCCUGAUGCUGCCAGGUGCAAUCUGGUGGACGUUUGCGCUCCCUGGGGUAAAGACAACUAUUCGCUCAAUUGCUUUACGCCGAGCCGCAUGAAACUGAACAUUGGGGUAGACCGCAUGCUCGGCUCCUGGUUCGUGGCGUCGAAUCGCGUCGGCUUCAUCUCGCGGUACAUGAACGAAGAGUACUCUCAUCUACUCGCGUACCUACAUGGAACCUACCAAAACAAACAAGAGGUAUGCCAAGCCUAUAUGCAAGAUAGCACCGGCUCCGGCUUACACGCCGUGGUCAGCGGCGUCAUCAAACAUGCCCACCCGGACCAGCUGCCUGAACCGGACCAGACCAGACUAGGCUACAACCCGACCACCUACCAACCCGUUAUUACCACCACUACCUCGACCACCCAGGCACCACAGUAG